AUGGCUACAAUUGCGAGAAAGAAAGCUUGGAGACCAAAAUCUAAAACUGGCUGUCUUACUUGUCGAAUUCGCCGUGUUAAAUGCGGAGAAGAGAGACCGGGGUGCCUUCGAUGCACGAAGACUGGACGUAAAUGCGAUGGCUAUGAUCCUGAUCAUCCAGAGAUUUCGAGUUCCCCACCUUCACGAAGGGGCAGUGAGGCUUCUUCAUCAAAUACAGCCCAAACUGAUAGCCCCAUCAUGAGCUCUACCCCAAGCAUAGUCGAAAUGUCUUCUCCGGUCAUUGAAUGGGAUGAAGAAGAGCGAAGAAGCUUCAAUUUUUUCAUCGCUAAGACAGCGCCAGAAUUGGCGGGUAGUUUUGAAUCUAAAUUCUGGGCCAGUCUCAUUUUGCAGAGGUGUCACUCGGAUCCGCCUAUUCGUCAUGCAGUCAUUGCUUUGGGAGCCCUCAACGAGUCCUUCAAGUUUGGCGAUAUAAAUUACUGGAAGCGGGAGCGAUUGCUGAUCCGAAGCAACGAUUUGCUCUGCUCCAAAAUAUUAAAGCUAUACAUUCUGAGCGAUUGGAUGGAGAUAAAUGGACAAAAUUCCCUCGCACAUUCAGAGGCGAGCGUGAAUCGAGAAUUUAUCCGCUCAGAAAUAGUACCUUUAUUCGGAGCUUUAAAUACCCAGGCGAUUAGAAUACUACCAGCUAACUUUGUUCAAUGGGAAAUGACGAGUGGGUCCACGAAAUUUGAUUUUACAGCUCAGAGCAGCAUACCAGAUCCCAUCUCAUCACUGAAUGAAGCAAAACAUCAUCUCCAAAACCAGACCCAUGCGAUUUUAGUAUACCAUCAGAAUGCAACACAGCAUUAUAGCCCAGAGAUUUCAAAUAAUGACAAAACUCUACGCUCAAGUGGCUUGAAUGCUAUGGUCGAAGAAAGGAGAGAUCGUAUUAUGCAGCUUGAGCAGUGGUCCAGAGUCUUCAACAACUUUGCACAUGCAGCAGGUCAAACAAUGAAUACGACUGAUCUACGAGCAUCGAUUUCGCUCAAAAUUCAUUAUGUCGCCAACAAAUUAAUUCUCGAAACAGCACAGUUCGAGACUGAAUUGAACUACGAUUGUUACAUGGAUGAGUUUGAACUAAUGACUUCACUAGCCGAAUCUCUUCUCAAAUCUUACGGCGAUUCAAGGCUAGAAAACGGACGGGUUUUCUCUUUCGACACUGCAAUAAUACCACCGCUGCUAUGUGUGGCAUGCAAAUGUCGUGAUCCUUCACUGCGCAGGAGAGCACACGCUCUUCUCGUCAGCUCUUUCAAACGAGAAGGUGGUUGGGAUAGUGACUUGGCGAGUAGUAUUGGUAGGUGGACUAUAGAUAAGGAAGAGAAGGAUCUAGAGAAUAUCUCGAGAGCCGAGGAAGUGGUGGAGUCAUCUCGGAUUGUAGUAACGGAAAUAACGUCCCUUGGACGACGAAAGGCAUUGAUCAAAUUUAGACAAGGUCCUAGUCGGAACAAUGGAGAUGAAGGGCCCCAGGAAGAAUGGAUUGUAUGGUGA